AUGAUCGCCAACAUUUUCAAGAACAUAAAACGAGAAGACAACUCAACCAGUGGCAGCGGUUCAAUACAAGAGAAAUCAAGCGCAGACGACGACGACUUGAAACCGCCGAGUCGUUUCAUCGAUUCGCCUUUUCGCAGACCGCUAACGUUUCACGCGUUCGUAACCCCGCCAUAUCCUUUAGCACCAUCUCCGGGGUUUAUCAUGAGCAUUAGAAACGCUGUCUGCUACAGCUGGCUCAACCUUCUUCUCCUGUCUGCCCCGAUCAGUUGGGCACUGCAUCAAGUACAUAUAUCAGACAUUGGCACUUUUGUGACUUCAAUCCUCGGAGUCGUUCCUUUGGCUGCUUUGCUCUCUUUUGCCACCGAAGAAGUCGCACUUCGAACUUCAGUGCCACUCGGUGGUUUACUCAACGCUACAUUAGGCAAUCUGGUGGAAAUAAUCAUUGCGAUUCUAGCUUUGGUAAGAUGUGAAAUAAGCAUUGUUCAGUCUUCGUUAUUGGGUGGUCUCCUCUCCAAUAUCCUUCUCGUUCUCGGAAUGUCUUUCCUGGCCGGUGGGAUAAAAUUUAGUCAACAGUCAUUCAAACAACUCCCGGCCUCGAUAAAUACGAGUCUUUUGAUGCUCUCAGUAAUGUCUCUGAUGGUUCCUCUUGCGUUCCAUACCAUCCUCGGUGAUAAAUUUCCAGAUGACCCUGAUUCUGAACAAACUUUCAUCUUGCAAAUGUCUCGAGGUACUUCUGUUAUUCUCAUUGUUAUCUACUUAUGCUACAUGGCAUUUGUGUUCUAUACCCAUCAAGAAGAGUUUCUGGAUACCAUUGACGAUGAUGAAGAUGUUCCACUAAAUCCAAAAUCUUCAGCGAACCAAACUAAUUCAUCAAAAGCAGAUAUACACGCAAACUUACAAGCAAACGCAAAUUCUAACGCAAAUAAACAAGAGCAACCCCAAGACUAUUCCCGCUCAACAUCUAUUUCAGACGACCUUGAAGCUGGCUUCAAAAGACCGCAACUUAAAAGAGCACGUACUGCGCCUAUCAUUGCUACCCCUUUGGCGACCUCAACAUCUAAUUAUUUCUCUUCUACACAAAGCGAUACUCCGCGCUCAUUCAGUAAGCGUCAGGUAGAACAGCCGAGAUUGAAUGUAUGGACGAGUAUAGCUAUUCUCGUUAUCACUACCAUACUGCUCUACUUCACAUGCGAGGCUCUCGUAGACUCGAUACAGGGCAUAUCUGAAAACACUAGCGCGUCCAAGGAGUGGAUUUCGCUCAUUAUUUUGCCUAUUGUCGGCAACGCCGCGGAGCACGCUACAGCUGUCAUCGCUGCAGCUAAAGGUAAACAAGAGCUGGCUUUGGCAGUGGCUUUAGGAUCUACUGUACAGAUAGCAAUAUUCGUUAUUCCACUCGUCGUCCUUCUUUCUUGGAUUAUUUCCAAACCACUUACUCUGGUGUUCGAGCCUAUGGAAACUAUGACUCUCUUCCUCUCCGUCCUCCUCGCCAGGUUCGCUAUUGAGGAUGGAAGAAGUCACUGGCUUAGCGGAUGCGUACUUUUCGGAAGUUACUUUAUUAUCGCUUUGGUGUUUUGGUAUUUCCCCAAGCAAGACACUUUUGAGCUUAUUAGAUGUGUUGCUUGA